UCUAUCUUAUCCCUCGUUGAUGAUAUAAUUUCAAUUCCUACCAAAUGUUGUGUUUAGUUCUGGAAAGACGCGCAUAAUAUUAAAAUAUGAAGUAUAAAUGUUGUUUUUAUUAGACUUGUUGAAUACUAUUUUCUGUUACUUUAUACAUACGUUUCUUUUCUUUGUCACAACUUCAAGUUUUUCUACAGUAAAUUUAAUACCAUUAAGAAUCGUGGCGGCAAAUGAGUUCUCUGGCAACCACAAAUGUUUACUGUUAUAUUAUAAACGAUAAUUUAUUAAAAUUAUUAGUUCCGCCGUAAUUUAUUCUUAACCUAUCGAAUAAUUUUUUUUCAAGAUACGUUAUGUAUUUCCUUUAUAUUAUUUUAUUUUCUUGAACAACUAUAAUGUCAGAAGCUGGAUUGUUAUUUGAUGAAGAAUUACAUUCACCAGAUAUUUUCAAUGAUUCAGACAAUGCUACAAAUAACCAUGAAUUUUCUGAUGAUUCAAAUUCAAUAUCCAUUGACAUGGACAAACCAGAUUCUCCUGAUGAUUUACCCGAGUGGAAAGGUGUGAGCAUGGAUGAAAUUCGUAAGGGUUUAGGAAUAUAUAGUUGUCAGGAGCUUCCUGCCAUAUCUCCUUCUGCAUCUCAUACAGUAUUAAUAUCGUUACCAUUACCUGCACAUGGAGUACCAAAGCCUUAUCCUCCACAUCAAGUUGAUAAAUGGUGUCAGGAUUUUGUACGAAUGCCACAUUCAAAACAUAGUCGAUAUCCGAUAGAUCAGGAUAGAACCCGGCAUUGCCGUAAUAGAUGGGAAUUAAUACAAGAGUCUUUACUUCAAAAUUUUGUGUCAACACAGCAAUUGGAAACCGCGAUACUUUCUUAUAAUCACAUAUAUGCACAGCGUUGGGAUUUUGCAGCACUGCAUCAUUUUUUUGCUGAGGUAUUUGAUGAGGAUGAAACAAAUAUUUUCUUUGAGGAUUUGAUGCCAAAGAUGAUUCAACUUGCUUUACAACUUCCUACUUUAAUAACUGGACCAGUGCCUCUUUUAAAACGCCAUACCAAUGCAACAAUUAGCCUUAGUCAAUUACAAAUAGCAUCUUUACUAGCUAAUGCAUUUUUCUGUACAUUUCCAAGACGAAAUUCAACUAAUCCACAAUCUGAAUAUGGAACAUACCCAUACAUUAACUUCAAUAGAUUAUUUUCAGCAUAUAAGGAAGAAAAAUGGAACAGAUGUGAAUCAGUAAUGGAAAAAAUGAAGUGUAUAUUUCAUUAUUUUAAAAGAGUAACAACAAAAGCCCCAGAUGGUGUGGUAACGAUCCAACGACGGUAUAUCCCAAAAGCAAAUUGUCCAAAAUGGGACGAAAAAAUGCAGAAAUUACCACCAUUACACAUUACAAGCAAAGGAACAAUAGAAACCGAUGGAGCUGGACUCUUACAAGUGGACUUUGCUAACAAAUAUGUAGGUGGUGGUGUACUUGGCUUAGGCUGUGUACAAGAAGAGAUCAGAUUUGUUAUCUGUCCUGAAUUAUUAGUAACUAUGCUUGUUACGGAAGAAUUAGAUGAUACGGAAGCCUUAAUUGUUUGUGGUGUUGAGAGGUAUAGUAAAUAUAAAGGUUACAGUAACACUUUUAAAUGGAUGGGAAAUUUUCUUGAUGAAACACCCAGAGAUAGUAGCGGAAGGCGAAUGACAUCGAUUGUCGCAAUUGAUGCUCUUUAUUUCAAACAGUCUCAAUCUCAAUUCAAUAUAAAUAACAUAACAAGAGAACUUAAUAAGGCAUACGUAGGAUUCGCCGGAUGUGAAAGUAACAAAAGAAAUUUGCCCGCAAUAGCAACUGGAAAUUGGGGUUGUGGUGCUUUCCGAGGAAAUCCAAAAUUAAAAGUAUUAUUACAGUUAAUGGCUGCCUCUGUAGCAGGUCGAUCCGUUGUUUAUUUCACUUUUGGCGAUAAAAAUCUGCGAGAUGAUAUAAACGAGAUGUAUACACAUUUCAUAAAAAAUGAGACGAGCAUAGAGCAAAUAUUUUCUUUGCUGUUGCAAUAUCAAGAAUUUGCUGGAACUCGUGAAAUGGAUUUUUAUAAAUUCUUAUAUAACAGAAGUAAAAUAAAACCGUCGACACAGUAUUUGCACAAGACACUGCUGUCGCAGAAUUCAACAACUGAACUUGCUUUUAAGAGAAGUAAAAGCGUUAACAUAGAUGACAGAAGAUCUUUCUAUUCUGACGUUAAAUAUUCGCCAACCGAAGAAGAGAGAAUACAAGGAUGGUUGGCUAGUUCUGAAGCAAGUACCAGUAAAAGGAAGACAGAAAUCGUAACUGAGGAGUACACGUAUGUUACAGAUGGGGCAGGAAAAGAACAAAAUCGAGAUAGAGAAAAGAAUGAGAAACACAUUCAAGAUAAGGACAGCGGAGAGAAGAAAAGAAAACAAUCUUUAUGGAAGCUCUCAGAGGAUAUAGUACACACUAAAACGAUUCAUGAACAUCGAUUGUCCGGUCUUGAAUUGUUAGAUAAGAAGCAAGAACUUAUUCCCCAUCAAAUGACUGACGCUUGCAACACACUAGCAGAAACUAAGAGCCAACCGAUGGUGAUAUCACCUAAAGGGCAUAGUACAAGCGAAUCUAUUCAACUAUCAAACGAAACUUCUGCAGUAUCAGCUUACAGGCGUGACUCGUUAAUUAAAAAGUCUGGACAGCGUAAAAUUUCUGAUUUUUUCCAACGUACAUCUUGAAAGUUAUGGCACAGUACAGAUCGAAUAUUUUAAUUGAAAAUUUUCUUAUGGAACGUACUUUGUACAUAAAAUAAUAUUAAGAUAUAAAACAAGUAAUUGUAAAUAACCAUUUCCCUUCGACCAGUGAU